AUGAAUGUAAAACACCAUCGCCCUCCCUGCCCAGGCUGGACUCUGGAGCUUGAAGAGCUAAGACCUUUACAACCACGUGUUUUCUGAAACACAGGCGGUAACGAUCACGCCUGGCUGCCAGGGCUGCUGACAUUUAAACCGAUGAAGGAUGUGAAAAUGCUUUGCAGACCGUGAGCGCCAUUAAGACGCACGCAUCACUGCUCGGCUAGAUAACGGGCCUGGGUGCCCCGCCGGCAGCCGCGGGCGUGCACGGCGCUGGUUGCCGCUGGCUCCUCCCCGCCGGGCCUGCGAGCCAGCAGCGGUGAAGUCCCCGGCGGGCCGGGCCGGGCCGGGCCAGGCCGGGGCGGGGCGGACCCCAGCCGCCCAGUUCCUCAUUCUGUCAGCCGUGCGGGGCGAGCGGGCGGCGCCAUAGGCCCCGGAGCGCGGGCAGCUGAGGAUGGGCCGGCUCCUGCCGCUGCUCCUGCUGCUGCUGUGGCCGGCCUGGGCCGCCGCCGCCGCCGCCCGCUCGCCGCCCCACCUGGUCUUCGUGCUGGCCGAUGACCUGGGCUGGAACGACGUGAGCUUCCACGGCUCGAGCCUCCGCACGCCGCACCUGGACGCGCUGGCGGCCGGCGGGGUGCAGCUGGACAACUACUACACGCAGCCGCUGUGCACGCCGUCGCGGAGCCAGCUGCUCACCGGCCGCUACCAGAUCCAUACAGGUUUACAGCAUGAAAUAAUUUGGCCCUGUCAACCCAGUUGUGUUCCUCUGGAUGAAAAACUCCUGCCCCAGCUUCUAAAAGAAGCAGGCUAUGCUACCCACAUGGUUGGAAAAUGGCACCUGGGAAUGUACCGGAAGGAAUGCCUUCCAACACGCCGAGGAUUUGAUACCUACUUUGGAUAUCUCCUAGGAAGUGAAGAUUACUACUCCCAUGAGCAUUGUGUGUUAAUUGAGGCUUUGAAUGUCACACGAUGUGCUCUUGAUUUUCGAGAUGGUGAAGAAGUUGCAAGAGAAUAUAAUAAUAUGUAUUCAACAAACAUAUUUGCCAAAAGGGCUGCAGCCCUCAUAGCUAACCAUCCACCAGAGAAGCCUCUGUUUCUCUACCUUGCUCUCCAGUCUGUCCACGAGCCCCUUCAGGUUCCUGAGGAAUACCUAAAGCCAUAUGACUUUAUCCAAGAUAAGCACAGGCAUCUUUAUGCAGGAAUGGUGUCCCUUAUGGAUGAAGCAGUAGGAAAUGUGACUGCAGCCUUAAAAAGGCAUGGGCUCUGGAACAACACAGUGUUCAUCUUCUCCACAGACAACGGAGGGCAGACUCUUGCAGGGGGCAAUAACUGGCCCCUUCGAGGAAGAAAAUGGAGCCUGUGGGAAGGAGGCGUUCGAGGAGUGGGCUUCGUGGCAAGCCCCUUGCUGAAACAGAAGGGUGUGAAGAACCGGGAGCUCAUCCACAUCUCUGACUGGCUGCCGACGCUUGUGAAGCUGGCUGGGGGACGCACCAAUGGCACCAAGCCUCUAGAUGGCUUCGACGUGUGGAAAACCAUCAGUGAAGGAAGCCCAUCCCCCAGAGUGGAGCUGCUGCAUAACAUUGACCCGGACUUCGUAGACUCCUCACCAUGUGAGUACCCGUCCAGUGCUCUGUGUUAAGUCCCUUUGGUUCACAAAGGUGGCUUUAUGACCCACUGUCCUACUAGCCUGUCUUCAUCUGUCCACCUGAGUUGCUGUAGAGAUAAACAGUUCUUCCUGACACUAAUUUCAUGGUGGCCUCGGUACUACAGGGGGCAGAGCUGGGAAAGGAGCACCAGGCAGAAAAUCAAAGAGGCCAGUGCCUUUCUUGGCUCUGCCAUGUACUACCUGUGUGACCAUUAAGCCAUUGCACAAUCUGUGCCUCGACUGUUCCCAUCUACAGCAGGAACCUCUCAGACUCCUUCUCACUACAGAUGUCAUGCUGUUUGUUGUCUGUUCUUACCUGAGAGUUUCAGAGCCUUCUUCCAGAAAAUUCACCAUUAAAUAAGCCACCAUCAGGCUGCAGAUUGGUCUGAGCCACUACACCAUAUGGUCACAGGUGUCUUUUCCCUAGCUUCAUUCUGCCUUCUGCCUAGAUUGACCUGUAAGAAGACCUAUUAAUGCUGUCAAGGUAAGGGACAUUUAGUGUUCUCAGCUACAACAGACUAUGUGACAGUCCUGUGUAAAUACCAAGCUAGCACCUGAUGCCCCUGGGAUAGUGAGUUUGAGUCUGGAAAGUCUUGACAUUUGGUUCAUGUGAUUCCUGUGCCCACAAAAGCUGGGGAAGUCAUUGGUGUAGGAAACUUGGCUUCUCAGUGUCAGACACCACCAGUCCAGAGCUCUCACAUUUGCAGGGCCUGUAUUUGCUGAUGCAUGUUUGGGGACUGAUAUUUAUUGUGUACUCAGGUCUUUUAAAGUCCUCACCAUCAUAGUAAUUAGAUAUUAUCCCCAUUUUAGAGGUGAGGAAAUAGAGGAACUUGGAGAGAGAAACCAGGUUCCUGAAGCACACCCUGCUGCCCUCUGCAGAAGGGCAGGGACUGAGCUCUGAGCUUCAAACCCAAUUGUGAAGUUCCAGCCCCCGCUUCCCCUCCCCUACCAUAGCCAGACAGCUCACUUUCUGGAAAGGCACAUGGCUCCUACUUGGAGGCAUAGUAAAAGGCACAAAGGAAAACAACUGUUCUGUCCUAAUGGAAGGGACCUGGGUGUGGCACAGGAAAAGCUGACCCUGUCAUCUCAAAGAUGGCUUUUAAAGCACCUCAGCCCAUGUGGCACUGCAUGCCAGGUGCCACACAGGCCAGGUACUCCACAGAGUCCUGCUGGGGGAGAAGCUGGUCAUCCAAUGGGCAGAGGUAUUAGUAUUAAGAUAAAGGACACAGAACCUUAACCCCUGGUAAGCAGGUGCAUAAGAGAGUGACCUUGGGAGGUUCUCUCACCUUUCCCUGCCCCUGCACACCUAAAAGGUAAUCUAUUCCAGACAUAUCAAAAUCUCUGAAGGGUGGCUGGAGGAAAAUGAUAGGAAGGCAAGAAUGGUGUUUUAAAACUUCUGAGUAAUUUAAUGCACUGGCAGAGUGGCUCAAGCAGUAAGAGCACCUGCCUAGCAAGCAUGAGGCCUUGAGUUCAAACCCCAGUAUCACAUAUAUAUAGGCUGAGUAACUUAAUGCACUGCAAAAACCCAGUAUGGCCCAGACUCAUGGGAUGUGCAGAAUGUGCUGCUAUCCUGCUUGUGAACUGACUUUAUCUCUUUAUCCACCCACAAAUAGAAAGCCUUGAGUCCCCUCAUCAACUAGGCUAUAUUUGGUGGACUUGUUAAGUUAUUGCUGCCACAAAUUCAGGAAUGCUUUCUGGCCAUCUGCUGGUCCUCUGCCAUCUUUGAAGCCUCUUCGUUUGGCCUUCCCCACCAGCUUGCAUCCCUGUUCUGACUCCU